AUGGCGUACAACCUCAGCGCCCCGCCUUCAUCUUCCCUCUUCACCGAAAAAAGUCUAUUCUUCACCUCCCUCUCUCCUCCUAAGCUCCCACUUCUCAGAACCCCCAAAAAUCUCAACUUUCCUCCCAAACUCCACCGCCCAAAGCUCUCCUUUCACAUCUCAUUGCAAGAGGCAAUCACUCAAGAUUCCGAAAUCCCAAAUCAGAAAGCGGUUUCUCCAUCCAAAUCGUUCGUUUGGGUCAAUCCCAAAAGCCCCAAUGCCUCAAAAUUGAUGCACAAAUCUCACAAUUCAACUAGGUAUGCUUCUCUACCGCAAAUUGCUGAAUCAUUAAAUUCCUGCGCUCCAUUAGAUGAUGCUGUUUCAAGAGUGCUAGAUGUUCUUGGGGAUAAGAUAGAAGAGAAGGUAGCCGUGGUCAUUUUGAACAACAUGUCAAAUAGUGAAACUGCGCCGUUAGUUCUUCAUUACUUUCUGAAGAGGUUGAAGGUGAUUAGAGAAGUAGUUUUGUAUAAUGUGACUCUGAAAGUGUUUAGGAAGUGUAAGGAUUUGGGAAAGGCGGAGGCUUUAUUCAAUUUGAUGCUUGAGAGGGGGGUUAAGCCUGAUAACGUUACGUUCUCGACUAUAAUUAGCUGCGCUAGGAUGUCGUCUUUGCCUGAGAAGGCGGUCGAGUGGUUCGAGAAGAUGUCUUCGUUUGGGUGUGAGCCGGAUAAGGUGACUUGUUCAGUGAUGAUUGAUGUGUACGGAAGAGUGGGCAAUGUGGCCGUUGCUUUGAGCAUGUAUGAUCGGGCAAGGAGUGAGAAAUGGCGUCUUGAUCCCGUUACCUUUUCCACCUUGAUUAGAAUCUAUAGGUCGGAGGGUAAUUAUGAUGGAUGUUUGAAUUUGUACGAGGAGAUGAAGGCGUUGGGGGUUAAGGCCAAUGCCUCUGUGUAUAACGCACUGUUGGAUGCUAUGGGGAAAGCAAAGAGGCCGUGGCAAGCGAAGACUAUUUAUAGGCAGAUGGUUAAGAAUGGAGUUGAGCCGACUUGGGGAACUUAUGCUGCAUUGAUUAGGGCGUAUGGUAGGGCUCGAUAUGGAAUUGAUGCGAUUGCUGUUUAUAAGGAGAUGAAAGAGAAGGGCUUGGAGAUGAGUGUUCUUUUGUAUAAUACGCUGUUGUCGGCUUGUGCUGAUGUUGGGUUUACUGAUGAGGCUGCUGAGAUUUUUGAGGAUAUGAAGAGUUCGGGGACGUGCAAGCCCGAUAGCUGGACGUAUGCUUCAUUGAUCACAAUUAAUUCUUGCAGUGGCAAAGUCGAGGAGGCGGAGGCCACGCUGAAAGAAAUGUUGGAGGCUGGUUUUCAGGCUAACAUCUUCAUCUUGACCUCGAUGAUCCAGUGCUACGGGAAAGCUGGCCGUAUUGAUGAUGUUGUGAGGACUUUUGAUCAGAUGUUGGAGUCGGGUAUAGUUCCUGAUGCGCGAUUCUCUGGUAGUCUACUCAAUGUAAUGACUCAAGCACCUAAGGAAGAACUUGGGAAGCUGAAAGCUUGCAUUGAAAAGGCUCACCCGAAGCUUGGUUACAUAGUAAAACUCGUUAUUGAUGAAGAGGAAACAGAUGGGGAAAUUUUCAGGAAGGAAGUUAGCGAGCUCUUGCAAUCUAUUGGUACCGAUGUUAAAAAACCAUACUGCAAUUGCUUGAUUGAUCUCUGUGUUAGCUUAAAUCAGCUGGAGAGAGCUUGUGAGCUAUUAGACCUCGGUCUCACGCUUGAAAUAUACACCGAUAUCAUGUCCAGGACUCCAAUGCAGUGGUCUUUGCACUUGAAGAGCCUUUCUCUCGGUGCAGCACUGACUGCACUGCAUGUUUGGGUGAAGGAUCUAUCGAAGGCACUUGAAAACGGAGAGGAGUUCCCGGAGUUGCUCGGGAUCAACACUGGACACGGGAAGCACAAGUUUUCUGAGAGAGGCCUGGCAGGGACUUUCGAGCCACAUUUGAAAGAACUUGACGCUCCAUUUCAUGAGACGCCAGACAAGAUCGGCUGGUUUUUGACGACAAAUGCUGCAGCGAUAUCAUGGCUGCAGUCGAGGCAAUCCGCUGCUUGCUAGACUUCCAUUAGCUGGGAAUGUUGCUGCAAGAAUUGACUGAUUAUAAACUAGUUUUAAGAGUACUUUUUGUAUAAUUUAAAUUUUGGUUUAAAGAUAUGAUUUUUUAAUAAGCAGUCGGUCGAGUUCAUUUGGGUUUGAAGAAAAAUGAUAACAUAUAGUAAUAAAUGUGGUGUGCACGUAUGAUGUUGUUGUAUGCAUAAGUAUAUAUAAGUUGAGG